AUGGCGACACAGACAGACAGAAUUAACGAGGACGAAGGAAAGAGCGUGGGCCAACACCUUGAGUCUACUGGCGAGAACACCAAGGCUGGAGAGGUCGCACUAAAAUCACAGGCUGAUGACCUGGGCAUCUGGGCAACGGUCAAAAGAUUCCCGAAGGCCGUCUUGGUGUGCAAUUUGCUGUGCAUCGCUGCAGCUGCAGAUGGUUAUCAGAUUAACUUGAACGGUGCCAUUCAGGCCACGCUUCCCAUCUAUGUAAUGGAGUGGUCCCCCGUUAACAUCCGCGGUGCCAUGAUCGUCACCUAUGGGUUCUGGAACGUUAUUGAAAUGUUUCUUGCUAAUCUGGUCCUCAUGCCGGUGCAAAGCACCAACCCUAAUAAUUACAAGAUCCCUAUCGUGACGCAGUGGGAAUUCCUGGGAAUCAUGUUACCCAUCUUCCUUUGGCUGCUUGAGACGCCUGCCUACUAUGCCGAGCGCGACAUGGACGAGCUAGGUAAAAAGACGCUCAAACGUGUCAAUGGAUCCGUCAAGGAUGACAACGUGGAAACCGAAUCCUACCUUGAGUGCUUCCAGCGUACCAAUGUCCGUCGCACGAUUGGGGCCGCCUUGCCGGGCUGUGCUCAGCAGUUGGCCGUUUUAUCUUUUCUCAACACCUAUGCUAGUCUAUUUUUCAAACAGAGCGGAUUUGAUAAUGCAUUCCUCAUUACCACCAUCAUGUGUUCGAUCCAGCUUUUCACUGCCCUGUGCUUGAUGCUUCUCACAGAUAGCUUCGGUCGCCGAAACAUGGUUUUUGUCUCUGUCAUCAUCUGCACCGUCACGCUCUUGCUAGUUGGUAUAUUGGCAUUUGUAGCCAAGACAGCUGGGGUCAAGGCGUUCCUCGUCAUUGUCGCAUGUGUCUGGGCUUUCGCCAACAGCACUGUUGGCAGCUUAGGAUUCGCAUUCGUCGGGGAGGUCUCCUCUCAAAAGCUGCGAGCCAGAACCGCAGGUGUAGCUACCGGGUGA